GAAAGUGCGGCGGAAAGUAAGAGGCUCAUUGGGGGAAGAUUGGCCGGAUCCGGGGUCCCCGGGAUCCGCUUUGGCCAGACGCACCAAAAAGAAGCAGCACUGGGAGACCCUGCACCCUUCCUCACCGGUUCGCUGUGCCCGCUCUGCUUCCCGAGAAAGGAUGGGACUUCUGUGGUGUGUAAUGAGUCUCUACUUCUUUGGGAUCCUGCAAAGUGAUGCCUCAGAGCGCUGUGAUGACUGGGGACUAGAUACCAUGAGGCAGAUCCAAGUGUUUGAAGAUGAGCCAGCUCGCAUCAAAUGCCCGCUCUUUGAACAUUUCUUGAAAUACAACUACAGCACAGCCCAUUCAGCUGGCCUUACUCUGAUCUGGUAUUGGACCAGGCAGGACCGGGACCUUGAGGAGCCAAUUAACUUCCGCCUCCCUGACAACCGCAUUAGUAAGGAGAAAGAUGUGCUCUGGUUCCGGCCCACCCUCCUCAAUGACACGGGCAACUAUACCUGCAUGUUAAGGAACACCACAUAUUGCAGCAAAGUUGCAUUUCCUCUGGAAGUGGUUCAGAAAGAUAGCUGCUUCAAUUCCUCCAUGAAACUCCCAGUGCAUAGACUGUAUAUAGAAUAUGGUGUGCAGAAGAUCACUUGUCCAAAUGUAGAUGGGUUUUUUCCUUCCACUGUCAAACCAACCAUCACUUGGUAUAUGGGCUGCCAUAAAAUACAGAACUUUAAUAACGUAGUACCUGAAGGCAUGAACCUGAGCUUUCUCAUAGCCUUGGUUUCAAACAAUGGAGAUUACACCUGUGUGGUUACAUAUCCAGAAAACGGGCGUACCUUCCAUCUCACUAGGACUCUGACUGUGAAGGUGGUAGGCUCCCCGAAGGACGCAUUGCCUCCUCAGAUCUAUUCACCCAAUGAUCUUAUAGUCUACGAGAAAGAACCGGGUGAGGAGCUGCUCAUCCCCUGUACGGUCUAUUUUACUUUCCUGAUGGAUGCCCGCAAUGAGGUUUGGUGGACCAUUGAUGGAAAGAAGCCAGAUGACACCAACAUUGAUGUAACUAUUAAUGAAAGUGUAAGUUUGACUCAAACAGAAGAUGAAACAAGAACUCAGAUUUUGAGCAUCAAAAAAGUUACUGCUGAGGAUCUCAAGCGCAACUACGUGUGUCAUGCUAGAAAUGCCAAAGGGGAGGUUGACAAGCCAGCCAAGGUGAAACAGAAAGCUCCCAGAUACACAGUGGAAUUAGCAUGUGGUUUUGGAGCCACCGUGCUGCUGGUAGUGAUUCUCAUUGUUGUUUACCACGUUUACUGGCUGGAGAUGGUCUUAUUUUAUCGGGCUCAUUUUGGAACAGAUGAAACCAUUUUAGAUGGGAAAGAAUACGAUAUUUAUGUAUCUUACGCAAGGAAUGCUGAGGAAGAAGAGUUUGUGUUACUGACCCUCCGUGGAGUUUUGGAGAAUGAAUUUGGAUACAAGCUGUGCAUCUUUGACCGUGACAGUCUUCCUGGGGGAAUUGUCACGGAUGAGACCUUGAGCUUCAUUCAGAAAAGCAGACGCCUCCUGGUUGUCCUAAGCCCCAACUACGUGCUCCAGGGAACCCAAGCCCUCCUGGAGCUCAAGGCUGGCCUAGAAAACAUGGCCUCUCGGGGCAACAUCAACGUCAUUUUAGUACAGUACAAAGCGGUGAAGGAGACGAAGGUGAAAGAGCUGAAGAGGGCUAAGACGGUGCUCACGGUCAUUAAAUGGAAAGGGGAGAAAUCCAAGUAUCCACAGGGCAGGUUCUGGAAGCAGCUGCAGGUGGCCAUGCCAGUGAAGAAAAGUUCCAGGUGGUCUAGAAGUGGCGAGCAGGGUCUCUCCUAUGCAUCCCUGAAAAAUGUAUGAAAGGGACAAUAAUGAAAGGGGCAAAAAGAACCAAGGGCACUCCAGGAAGGAAGAGUCCCCUUUCUUUGUUCCCAACAUAUUAUUUCACAGACAGAAAACAAUUCUGUCCAAGCCUCCCUGGAGGGAUUAAUUCAGGGUGACUGUAUGACUGGUAGUGGUGCUUCCUCAGGCAAUACUAAGGUUUAGAAGGGUAGUGCCGCCAGUCUGUCACCAGCGUCUGUUGGCACUGUGUUCUUUGCAGGCAAAGACUUGGUUGAUGCAAAUUUCCCCUCUCUGCAUCCUCCGUGUGUUUCCACGUCUCCAUUCCCUCUUCCUCUCUCAUGUUUUAUAACCUUAACGUUGUGGAACAGCCUUUUGCUGUGGAUUUCAAGACCCCUUAAAGAUAACUCAUCUGUUAACAAGGUCAUUGUGAGUUUUCAAGUACUUUUCUUUUUAUGUUUACUCAUCAGUUAAAAAGAUAAUCAAGGCCCAUGUUUCUUUUAGCUGAGGACACUGAGCUUUUGGCUCAUUUGCUGUGCAGUGCACCCUCAAGGCCAGACUGACACCACUUAGGACACAGAGCAGUGUAACUGAAAGUGUUCCUUACGAUGGUUUUAAAGGGCUCGCCUGUGUUUUCUACUACAUCCCUUGUGCCCUCCAUCUCAGGUCACUGAUGUCAUAUUUGUCAACUUGAAAAAUAUACCAUAUUUUUAAAAUUUCAGUAAACUCCUGGAUAUCUGUAGGUCGACCCAUAUUGGUCACUCCUCUUCCCCUGUCUAUGGUACCUAGUAUCAGCCAUUUAGAGUUUGCAGGUGGCCCCACCCUUGGUUCCGUCCGACAGGAAGCUUCUACUAAUGGUGCUAAUAGAGUGUGAAAUGACAGCAAAGUGCUUUUAGGGAAUUUUCUGGCUUGUGAGAAAAGCACAGAACAGGGUGUUCAGCAAUUUGUCUUUUAAUCUCAGCCUUGCUAAUGUGAAUAUUAGGAAAGUGAUUUCUCUUCGCUGGCUUCUGUCUCCCCAUUGUAAAAUGUGGAAGAUAGACUCAGUGACCUUGAGAGUUGCUUUUAGCAUUAAUAUUCUAAGAGAAUUAACUGGACCCCCCAGUAUUUUCUACAUUUUAUUCACUAGUUAAUGCAUUCAUGCUAAAAAAGUCAGUUUCUUCCAUGAAACUUGCUUUACUUUGUUUUAAAUGAAAUUGUACUGUCAUUGGGACUUGGAAAAGUGAAAAACUAAGUCCAGAGUUUACAGAGUGGUGAAUAUAUACAUA